UUUACAUUUCACUUGCUGCGCUAUAUUUUAGUAUUCUUUUGUCCCCAUGGGAUGAUUUUUUUUCUCUCUCCCUCUCUAGAUAAGUCUUCAUACUCUUCCUAUUUUCCUCUCCCUUCUAGGAUGAUGGGAAAGGAAUGGAUUCACGUUGGUUUGAUUGUUUUGUUGUGGAUUGGAUUUUCAUGGCAGAUAUGUAUAAGAAUCAACUGCAGGAACUGGCACAGAGAAGCUGUUUCAACCUGCCUUCCUAUGCUUGCAUCAGAGAAGGGCCUGAUCAUGCACCAAGAUUCAAAGCUUCUGUGAAUUUCAACGGUGAGAUCUUUGAAAGCCCGAGCUAUUGCACCACAUUAAGACAGGCAGAGCAUGCAGCUGCCGAAGUAGCUCUCAAUGUCCUGUCCACGAGAGGUCCUGCAAGGUCUCUAACUGCAAGAGUUCUUGAUGAAACUGGGAUUUACAAGAACCUACUUCAAGAAACUUCCCAUAGAGCUGGACUGAACCUUCCUGUAUAUACCACUGUAAGAUCAGGUCCUGCCCAUGUCCCAAUCUUCACUUCUACUGUAGAGCUUGCUGGCAUGAAUUUCACUGGUGAGCCAGCCAAAACAAAGAAGCAAGCCGAGAAGAAUGCUGCAAUUGCAGCUUGGUCUGCACUGAAAAAAAUGCCAAACUUAGUUUCGUUCGGUAAUAAAGAAGUAGACACUGGUGAAGAACUAGAUCGGGCAGUUGUGGCAAGGGUUCUUUCAAACUUCAGGACCAAAGACGAAUGCAAACAUGUGAGGAGGAGGGAUCAGAACCAAGUCAAGAGGAGAAUGGUGAGAGCUCAUAGAGACACUUGUUGUGGUACUUCAUCCACAUCUAGUAACAAUAAGCAGCAUAAGCCGUGGAGGCUUUUGGAUCUGUUUAUGGACUCUGUCCCAGAAGGUUUCGUUAAAAAACAAAACUGCUUUGUAUCUCUUCUGCCUCCUCCCCCACCCAGAACAGCUUCAAAGAUCCUACCACCAAAUUCAUCCACAGACAGUCCCUCUCCGUAUCCAUCAAAUAGACCUAUUCCAGUAAGAAUCAGGUGUAGAUCACAAUUCAAUACUCCAGUUGAAGAGCAUCGAAGGGAUGAAGAAGAGUGGCUUGGUGGGAAAUCAAAUAUCAAGAAACCUACUGAAAAUGAAUGUCCAUGCAAUUCAAAUUCAAGUGUUGUCUACGGGUCAAGUUCAAUAUCCAGGCAAUCUCCUUUGUCCAAUACAGGGAAGAUGACGGCUUCCAUGCUUGAUAGGCCUUUUGGUUCGCUAGAUUCGUCUCAAUUGGCACGGGCUCCAAUCAAGGCAUCCACAGGUGGGCACAUGGCCGGGACCAUGUACACUGGAGGGUUCAAUCCCCACAAGAUUGCCCCAGCAGUUCAAAUCAGAUCAGUGAUCCCCGUCUGUGCAGCACCACCUCCAAAUCCAAUGAUCCAACCCUCAACCCCAGCAGUGAAGGAAACUUCAGCAUCGGCUUUAAGUCCUACUACUACUUCAAUAUUGCCCGCACAAACAGGAGAAGAGAUCCCAUCGGCUAGCUCCAGGUUCAACAAGCCACAUUUGGGGUCAACUCGACUCAGUUCUGAGUUCAACAAGCUACAGUUAUGAGGUACAGAACGAGCGUUAGCAUCUUCUGCCACAGUUUAUACUUCAUGGGUUCUGGAAAGUCCAAAACUUAGGCUAUUGGCCCUUGGGAACCAUAGUUUUUGUCUCAUGGGUCUAUGGUGAAAUUUUGUAAAAGAUGAUAUAUUAUAAUUUUCACCUCGACAUGUAUUUACUGCACUUAGUGACCCAGAGAGAGAGAGAGAGAGAGAGAGAGGGAGAGAACAAUAAAUGAGAUAUGGGGGAGUGGGUUGAAGGAGAUAAGAGGGAGAGAAAAAAGUAAGCUUAGAAGUUGGGGGCUGAUGGAGGUAGCAAUGAAGGCAGCGUGAAGAGGACGAACAGACAAUUUCAGCGAUAAAGGCAAGUAAUUAAGAUACCCUGAGAAAUAUUUAAUGGUCCUGUCUUCGCCAUUAAUGCUCCUCCUGCACACACACUUGUCUCUCUCUUCCUCAUCUUCUUCCUUCCAUUUACUAGCCUCUCCUUUAAUUCACUCACUGUUUUGUGGCUAUGUUUGUUAGUUUUUUCCUCAAUUCUUUAUCUAAUCAUUCAUU